AUGCGGAAGCAGGCUCGAGAAAAGAUUAAGUCCGAGCCAGGCGCGAGCCGAAUGUUUCAGGAGGCUCUGGGCGCUUCAGCGUGGGCUUCUGAUCGAUUCGCAACAGAUGGCUAUCUGGAUUCGCACAAGGCUCGUGUGAAGGAGGCUACGAGGAGGAUGGCUGCAGACGCCGGGCUUUCACCGCCGGAUCAGAGUGUCACCGAGAGCUGCCGAACUUUCACGGGGACAUCCAACAGACACAGCGGCGCGCACGGGACUGCGCUGGCUUCGGAUGCGAACAGAAACAGCGGCACACGGAACCCCACUGUUGUCGGAUGUAAACAGACAUGGCGGCGCCCACGGGACGGCGCUGGCUUCGGAUGCGAACAGACACAGCGGCGCACACGGAACCCCGCUGUUGUCGGAUGUAAAGUUGAUUGGGAAGCUUUUCACGCACAGUUUGAACUGUUGGCUCAUGCUGGGAACUGGUCGGAGGACCGCAAAGCUCUUGAAUUGGCUAUGUGCCUUACAGAUGAUGCUCUGAACUGUUUGUUAUUGCUUUGCCCUGAAAAUAGACAUGAUUAUAAGGCACUUGUCGGGGCACUGAGAUGGCGAUUUGGUCAAUUUGAACAGCCAGGGCUUCUGCGUUCCGAACUGAGUAAUAGACGCAGGCAGCCAGGAGAGCAGCUGAGAACCCUGGCAAAUGACAUUGAAAAUUUGACUCGGCGAGCGUAUGCCCACAUGCCACCGUCUGUUCAAGGGGAGCUUGUGAGAGACCAAUUCAUCCAGGCCCUUAUUCCUGUGGAGCUCCGUAUGCAGACACAGCUUGCCCACCCUCAGACCUUGCAGGAUGCCUUGGAGAUGGCGUUGGAGAGGGAGAUUGUGUGGGGAACUUGCGUGCAGGAUGAGAGACCAAUUCAUCCAGGCCCUUAUUCCUGUGGAGCUCCAUAUGCAGACACAGCUUGCCCACCCUCAGACCUUGCAGGAUGCCUUGGAGAUGGCGUUGGUUGGGGUCCGCAUGUGAUAGUCUUCCGUUCCCACAUCUUCGGUAGACUCAAGUGGGAAGAACCAAAAGUUAAGGCCCUUAUUCCUGUGGAGCUCCGUAGGCAGACACAGCUUGCCCACCCUCAGACCUUGCAGGAUGCCUUGGAGAUGGCGUUGGAGAGGGAGAUUGUGUGGGGAACUUGCGUGCAGGAUGAGAGACAACGAGAUACUGUGCCGGUCAGGUCUGCUGACCUGGGGGAGGGGCUAAGGGUGCCGUGUUUAGCAUUGGUGGAUACGGGAUCGACUGUGACAGUGUUGAGACCAGAUGUAGUUCCGGCAAAUGCCAAGCUGGAACCCACCACUGUCCGACUACGCACAGUGAUGGGUGAACUAGCACCCAUGAAGGGUAAAGGAGAGGUGGGGCUGACGGUAGGGGGAAAGACAUUACGCCAUUCGGUGUGGGUGGCUACAGUACAAGACCCCUGUAUUCUUGGUCUGGACUUCCUUAAAAGUGCAGGUUGCCAGUUAGACUUAAGGGAUGGCCUGCUUCGGUUUGAAGGGGGUCCUGAGGUUGUCAUGUCCACUGAAAAUAAUGUUGAUAUGUAUUUUACCGGUCUGUUAGAGGCAGCAAAUGUUCCUGGGGACUCUAGGUUGGAGUGCCACACAUUGCAUUUGCAAUCCAGCCCGAGUGCUGAUACCAGACCACCUCAGGUAGAUGAUUCUUCCACUCCCUUACCCCACACCCCAGCUGACCUCUACCCGGGGGUGGCCACACAAUCCUCCUCAGAGCCAGUUUCAAGUCUCCCUAGCAGGGAUGGGCAGGUCUGUCUGUUUCCACCUCUGGGAGAGGGGGGAGGGGUGGUUGCUUUGAGGGAGAUGUGGCUUAAGAAUCGGGAGGGCUUGGAUUCGAGUCAGCAGGAGCAGUUGUGGGAUUUGCUGGUAGAUUUCCAACAUUGUUUUGCAUUUGGGGAGGGGGAUGUGGGGCGAACACAUCUGGUACAGCACGAAAUUGAGACAGGCGAUGCCAUGCCCAUCAGGUUGCGGGCCCGGAGGCUUCCUUUUGCCCAUCAGGAUACUGCAGAUAAGGCCUUGUUGGAUAUGCAGCGAGCGGGUAUUAUUGAGCCGUCUGAGAGUGCGUGGGCCGCACCGGUGGUCAUGGUGCCUAAGAAUGGGGGUCAGUGGAGAUUUUGUGUUGACUAUAGGCGCCUUAAUGAGGUCACUAGGAAGGACUCGUAUCCCAUCCCUUGUGUGGAUGAAUCAUUGGACCUUGUAGCUGGGUCAUCGUGGUUCACUUGCCUGGACAUGCGUACUGGUUAUUGGCAGGUACCACUUGCUCCGGAAGCCAGACCAAAAACUGUUUUUUGUACAAGUAGGGGGUUAUGGCAGUUCAGGGUGCUCUGCUUUGGCCUCUGCAAUGCGCCGGCUACUUUUGCCAGGUUAAUGGACAGGGUGUUAUCAGGUAUUCCACGGUCAGAGUGUCUGGUGUACCUGGAUGACAUCCUGGUCCAUGGUAGUUCUUUUCAGGCCUCUCUAGAGGCUCUCAGGCGAGUGCUGAGUUGUAUUAGCGAGUCUGGCUUGAAGCUACACCCAGAGAAAUGUCACUUCUUUAGGAGGGAGGUGACGUUCUUGGGGCACAAGCUGGGGGGGCAGGGGAUUGGCACAGUGGAAGAGAAGGUGCAGGCAGUGAGCGGGUGGCCCACUCCUACAACGUCGCAGCAGCUCAAAAGUUUUUUGGGGUUAGCCUCAUAUUACAGGAGGUUUGUGCAGGGUUUUUCUACCAUUGCAGACCCACUUUUCGGCCUGCAGAAGAAGGAUAAGUCCUUCACGUGGACUGAGGAGUGUCAAAACUCUUUUGAUGCCCUGAAACAGGCCCUGGUCACAGCCCCUAUAUUGGCUCCUCCUGAUUCAGCUCUUUCCUUCAUUCUGGACACAGAUGCCAGCAAUGUGGGUAUGGGGGCAGUUCUCUCUCAGGUGGGGUCUGGGGGGGAACAGGUCGUGGCCUACUACUGCAAAACAUUCAACAAAUCUGAACGCAGAUACUGUGUCACCAGAAGGGAACUUGCUGCUGUGCUUUUUGCAGUUCAGCACUUUAAGUAUUACCUAUGCGGGUUACCUUUCACUGUACGUACUGACCAUUCCGCCCUCCAGUGGCUAAUGUCAUUUAAAGAGCCGGAGGGCCAGUUGGCACGCUGGAUUGAGGAACUUCAGACGUACGACAUGAGGGUAGUAUACCGGGCAGGGUCAGGACAUGCAAAUGCAGAUGCUCUGUCUCGUAGGCCUUGCUCAGCCGUCGGGUGUCGGUACUGUGACAAGAGGGAGGCCAGGGACAGAGAGCUGGGGAACCCAGAUGCCAGUAGUACCUCUUUGGGUUGUACGCAUGGUGAUACGCCAGUGUGUUUGGCAGUUGAGACAGUGAGUGUAGAGGACUGGAGGCGGCUGCAAGAGGAAGACCCAGAUGUGCAGCCAGUAUGCGAGAUCAGAACACCAGGAGAAAUGGUUUUUCGGAGGCCACCAGAUGCACCUGCUGUGCCCCCGGGCCCUGAGACAUUCAACAGCCGGGCCCGGCAGAAGCGAAAUUUUGACCUAAAAACAAAAGGGCGGCAUUUCACAGCGGGAGAGUUGGUGUGGGUUUACAGCCCACAGAGGAAGAAGGGCAGCGGUUACAGCGGUCAGCUCGAUUACUGUGAAGAUCCACUGGUGACAACGCUAUCCCCAGCUUCCUUCCAGAACUCAUCAAAAUUCUCUGACAGAAGGUCACCACACUAUGCUAAACUCAACAGAAGAGAAGGUGGUGGGGGAUGGUCUCCAAAUGGAGAAGACCAACAACCUUGGCUACAGCUGGACCUACAGGACAGGUUGAAGGUCACAUCCAUUGCUACCCAGGGUCGGUGGGGCAGCUCUGACUGGGUCACUCGCUACCAGCUGCAGUACAGUGACUCUGGACAAACCUGGAGACCAUAUAGACAAGAGGACGUGAUAUGGACAUUUAUAGGAAACAGUGACACAGACACAGUGGUCCAACACAAACUCCCUCACUCAAUCAGAACUCGAUAUAUGCGUCUUCUGCCCCUUGAGGGAAGCCCCAAAGGAGGAAUGGGUCUACGGCUAGAAGCUUAUGGCUGCACAUACAAGUCCGAUGUGGCUGACUUCGACGGUCGCAGUGCCUUACUCUACCGGUUCAACCAGAAGUCCACCAGCACAGUGAAAGACGUGAUUUCCCUGAGAUUCCGGAGCCAUCAGGCAGAAGGGGUUCUGGUUCAUGGAGAGGGACAGAGAGGAGAUUUUCUCAAUCUGGAGCUUCAGAGAGGAAGACUCAUUUUGCAUCUCAAUUUGGAUGAUGCCAAGCCUCAGUCUGCUGGACGCUCAUCUUCUGUCAUGUUAGGAAGUCUGCUGGAUGACCACCACUGGCACUCUGUUCAAAUUGAGCGCUUUAACAAACACGUCAACUUUACUGUGGAUGGACACACGCAACACUUCCGCAGUCCAGGACAGGAGGACACACUGGAGAUAGACUAUGAACUCAGUUUCGGAGGAAUCCCUUUGCCUGGUAAGCCUGGGACGUUUCUCCAUGAAAAUUUCCACGGCUGCAUAGAAAACCUCAACUACAAUGGCGUCAGUGUUAUAGACAUGGCAAAAAGACGGAAGCCACAGAUCUAUACAGUGGGUAACGUGACGUUCUCAUGCUCUGAGUCUUCCUCGGUCACUGUGACAUUCCUCAGUUCCACGGGCAGCUUCCUGAUGCUCCCUGCAGAUCACAGUAUGGAGAGUCUCUCUGUACGACUGCAGUUCCGCACAUGGAAUCAGGAAGGGCUGCUGUUCUCAAUCCCGUUCUCUCGUGAUCCGAACACAAUUAACCUGCUUCUGCAGCUCAGCCAGGCUAGGCUGCUUCUCUUGCUCUCUGGAGGGCCACAAAACUCUGCUCAGGUUUUUAGCGGUCAGAAUUUGAGUGAUGGAGAGUGGCACUCCAUAACCAUUGAGGUCAAGGGACAGAAGGUGUCUUUAACAGUCAACAACCAGAAGCCUGUCACUAUGGAAUUCAGUGGGCUAAUUCAGAACAUGCAAAGAACAGCCAUCUUCAUUGGAGGCUGCCCUUUAUUCCAGAGUGAUUUCAACUGUGAAAACCCCAACAAAGGAUAUCAGGGCUGCCUUCGUCUGCUUUUCAUAAACAGCCAUCCAGUCAACUUCCUUCAGAUUCAGCAGGAAAGCCUGAGCAACUUUAGCCAGAUUAGCUUUGAUGUCUGCAACAUACAAGACAGGUGUUUGCCCAAUCUGUGUGAACACGGUGGUCAAUGCAUCCAGUCAUGGGACCAGUUUUACUGUGACUGUUCUGGAACAGGAUACACAGGAGCCACCUGCCACAACUCAAUAUAUGAGCGAUCCUGCGAGGCCUUCAGGAAAACAGGAAGCCAGUCGAGUGUGUUUACAAUCGACCUUGAUGGGAGCGGACCUCUAGAGCACACUCAAGUCAACUGCACCAUGGCAGGUGUGACCUCAGCAUGUGUGGGGGACUGCCUGGAGAAAUCACACAUCUCAUUAGAAGAUAAAGUUUGGACCGUAGUGGGGCACGAUCACAUGAGGCCCAUCGACAUUCGAGGAUCCACUCCACGCAGCCCUUUCGUUCUCAUCUUCAACUACACCAUCUCACCGUACCAUCUCCGCUCACUCGUGACCUCCUCGGAGCACUGCCAACAGGAAGUGAGAUAUCGUUGCAGGAAGUCUCGGCUUUUUGACACCUGGGAUGGAACUCCUCUGUCAUGGUGGCUGGAUAGAGACGGAGUGAAAAGAACAUAUUGGGGAGGAUUUCUGCCUGGGGUCCAGCAGUGCUCUUGUAGUUUGGAUGGCAACUGCAGGGACAUGAAUUAUUUCUGCAACUGUGAUGCAGACCAAGACACCUGGGCAAAUGAUACUGGUGUGCUGUCUUACAAAGACCAUUUACCCCUUAGUGAGAUCGCCAUUGGAGACACAAACCGGACAAACUCGCAGGCCGAGCUCCAAAUUGGACCGCUGCGUUGCUAUGGCGACCGAUUUUUCUGGAACUCUGCAUCUUUUUACCAGGAGUCCUCCUAUCUGCAUUUCCCCACCCUCCAAGCUGAACUAAGUGUCGAUAUUUCACUCUUUUUCAAAACUAGUGCUCUCUCAGGAGUCUUCUUGGAGAAUCUGGGUGUCAGAGACUUCAUAAGGCUGGAACUGAGUUCUCCAUAUACAGUGAACUUCGCUUUCGACCUAGGGGACGGACCAAUAAUCCUUACCGUUCAUUCACCUGUAGCUUUGAACGAUCGUCAGUUGCAUUAUAUUCGUGCUGAACGAAAUGUGAAAGAAGCUUCUCUACAGGUUGACUCCCUGCCGCCGAAGCAAAAUGAAGCACCAUCUGAGAGACCCUACCGUCUUCAGCUCAGCAGUCAACUCUUUGUGGGAGGAACAGCUUCUAGGCAGAGGGGAUUUCUGGGCUGCUUACGUUCCCUCACCAUUAACGGGGUUACCCUUGACCUGUAUGAACGUGCAAAGACCACCCCGGGGGUGAAUUCCGGCUGCCCGGGUCACUGCACCAGCGACAGCGUCUGCCAUAAUGGAGGGAGAUGUGUGGAAGAGAGGAGCAGUUACACCUGCGACUGCACGCAGACAGCCUUCGAUGGGCCACACUGCAGAAUAGCUCUAGCAGCUUCCUUUGAAAGUGGAUCUUCAGUCCUGUUCACUCUCCAGGAGACAUUUUCCGGAAUACUGAAUGAGGAAGCCAGAAGAUCACCGGCCGGUUUCCAUGAUGCUGAAGUUACCAAAUCUCAAGAGAAAGUGUCGUUUGGGUUUUUGACGCAUCAUGUGCCAGCCUUGAUCCUGACAGCGCAUACUGUGGACCAGCACUAUAUGGCUGUUAUGCUAACAUCAAACGGCAGCCUGCAAAUACGAUACUUGUUGAACAAAGAAAAACAAACAGAAACGUUCAGCCCAGUGUCAUCCAGUCUAGCAGACGGACGGUUCCACUGGGUCAAAAUCAAUCGAAAGGGACAGGAGCUCCUUGUCCAGAUUGACAACACAAUAACCCAGCAGUACAGCCUGUCUCCUGGAUCUGCUCUCAGCCCGGCGAGGUCAGUGAUUCUGGGGAGAAUCCAAGGUAUUAACAUUACUGAUAAGGAACUGGUUCAGGCUGGAUUGAGAGGGUUUAUUGGCUGCUUGUCCUCCGUGCAGUUUAAUCAGGCUACCCCUCUGAAGGCAGCCCUGCAAAACAGCCAAAGCCCGUUAGUUACUGUUAUCGGCCGCCUGGAAGCAUCAAGUUGUGGGACGGUAUCCAGCUCGAACACUUUAAGCGAUACACACACACGGUCAGAUGACUCGGCAAAAACAGACCGAGGCAAAGAUCCACUGAAAAAGGCUCAUCAAAAUGACUUGGCAGUACUCGGAGGAGUAGUGGCUGCAGUGGUGUUCAUCACCCUCUGUGCGUUGGCCUUCAUCAUCCGCUUCCUGUAUCGUCACCGACGGACUCCAGCGCCCCCCGUAAUCACCGGAAAGAUGCACCGACCCAGCAUGGAGCAUCCUCCAUACCGGGCUGCACUGGACCUGCACAAACCCAACCACGACAGCAAAGAAUACUACAUCUGACCUUGCCAUCUCGUGCCUGGCCUUUAAUCAAACAGCCUGUCGCCAGUGUACAUGCUACCAAACCCACCGCACUGUAUUAUCUACACUGCAAGCUGAGCAGCCAAUCAAAGGCCAGCAAUGACCCAACAGGCACAAGAAAUUACAACAGAGACAUUUUUGUUUGUUUGCUUAUUUUCUACGAAGAGAGUCAAGCUUACGUGAAAGUAAGCAUGCACCGGCCUCCUGGAUGAUGACAGAGCUGUAUUUUACAGGCAUAAUAAUAGGUUAUACAUGCACAGCACACACGUUCCAAGCAAACAGCACAGCAGGAGGGCUGAAGCAUCACUCUGAAUCGUCUUUAUCCAGUGUGCCUGCUCAAACCUGUCUGUCUCAGAGCCUGCAUAUAGAGUGGGCUUAAGCUAAUGGACUGAAACCCCAGCGGAGAGGGUUCUGAGAGAAUGGUUUUGUGGCAGAGUGGCAGACCUUCCCAGAUGUUGUUUUUAAAGGAUCGAUCAUCGCUCAACAUGUCCAAAAAAAAAAAAAAGAUUAAAGAUGUCCGCAUCCGACAACCCCACAUUUGAUGUUGAAACUAUUGACUGGGGCUAGGAGCCGCUAAAGGCUGGGAUUACCCAGCAAAGGAUUAUAAGAAUAUAUCAGCGGCGGCUGAGGGAUGGAAUAUGAGUCAUUUGUGUGUAUCCUAAUUCCCAUGGGCCGGGCAGAUUCAGGCAGUUUAAUUCACUUUCCCACCGUAAUCGAGCUGGUCUCGCAACUGAGCGUACCCAGCGUGCCCCAGGAACGAAAUCUCGUCCUUAUUGAAGUGCAUUAUAUCUAUAUAAAAAAACAGUACACACACAAAAAAAGAAAAAACACUU